AUGUCUACUCUUUACGGUAUCGAUCGUGAAAUCCACCACAAGAUCCAGUCUAAAUACUCGAUUGACCAUGAGCAGCAAGCGCGUGCUUGGAUAGAGAAUGUCGUAGGUGAACCGUUGCCAAGCGACGACUUUCAAGAAAGCCUUAAAGAUGGUGUCAUGUUAUGCAAGUUAAUUGAUAAGCUAGCGCCUGGUCAAGCAAAGUACAAAGUCUCCAAGAUACCAUUCAUGCAGAUGGAGAACAUUGCUUGCUUCCUCUCUGGAGCCGAAAGGCUAGGUGUCCCAAAGUAUGAUCUAUUCCAGACCGUGGAUCUAUACGAGAAGAAGAACAUGACCCAGGUUGUAGACACCAUUUUUUCAUUGUCACGCCAUGCAUACAAAGCAGGUGCUUGCUCAACCUUUUUGGGUCCAAAGCUAGCAGACAAGCACGAGGUAUCAUUCAGUGAAGAGACACUCAAUGCAAGCAAAGGAAUGUUCAACACGUAUCAAUACGGCUAUAACAAAGGAGCCAACCAGUCUGGUAUUGUCUUUGGUGGUCGACGUGAAAUCAGCCAAUAG